UCAUCUGCCAAAAACUUCUGUGAUUUUCCCCUCGCCGAGAGCACGAUUUUGCCGUUCUUAUUCUAGAAUUAAAAUUAAAAUAAGAUGGCCCAAAGCAAAUUAAACGAUUUCGCAAAUAAAUUAGGCAAAGGAGGUCCUCCUGGCCUAGGGCUUGGCGUGAAAUUGUUAGCAGUUGGUGGAGCCGCCAUCUAUGGAAUCUCCCAGGCUAUGUACACAGUUGAGGGUGGUCAUCGUGCCAUCAUUUUCAACAGGAUAGGCGGAAUACAAAAGGAAAUUUACACCGAAGGAUUGCAUUUCAGGAUACCAUGGUUCGAAUAUCCAAUCAUCUAUGAUAUAAGAUCUAGGCCCAGGAAAAUUUCUUCCCCAACUGGUUCGAAAGACUUGCAAAUGGUUAAUAUUUCUCUUAGGGUGCUUUCGAGACCUGAUGCUUCUAAAUUACCCAUUGUUUAUCGUAACUUAGGUUUAGAUUAUGAUGAAAAAGUCCUGCCUUCCAUUUGUAAUGAGGUGCUGAAAUCCGUCGUGGCCAAGUUCAAUGCUGCCCAACUCAUAACCCAACGUCAACAGGUUUCUUUAUUGGUCAGAAGGGAACUGGUGGAAAGGGCACAAGAUUUCAACCUAAUCCUUGAUGAUGUUUCAAUCACCGAGUUGUCAUUUGGUAAAGAAUAUACAGCGGCUGUUGAAGCUAAACAGGUCGCUCAACAAGAAGCCCAAAGAGCUGCUUUUGUAGUAGAAAGAGCGAAGCAGGAAAGACAACAGAAAAUCGUGCAAGCUGAGGGAGAAGCAGAAGCUGCGAAAAUGUUAGGAGAAGCAAUAGGCAGAAACCCUGGUUAUUUGAAGCUGAGAAAAAUUAGAGCAGCCCAGAAUAUCUCUAGAACGAUCGCAUCAUCACAAAAUAAGGUCUAUCUCAACGGUAACGGUCUAAUGCUGAACAUUUCUGAGAAAGAAUUCGAUGAGCAAGCAGACAAACUGAAAAAGCAUAGCCAAGUUCCUUAUAGUACGGAAAGUGCGCCAGAGGUUGAGCACAAACAGGUACUGAGUGUUGCUGAAGAAGAAGCCAAAAAGAUUUCUGGUCAAACAUGAUAGUCUCAUUCCAAGUGAUUGUUAUAUUAAAAGUCGUGGGACACAUAUACCAAGAAAAGCGAAAAGAUGAGUGAAAUAUUACGUAAACAAACUUUCUAUUAGUCACAAAUCGUCUGAAUAAAAGGAGUAAGGUUGGUAAUUGAAACACAAUAUACGUUCUAAAAUUUUAUUACCAUAAAAUACAUCAUUGAAUGAGCAGUCAAACAUCACACUUCAAAAUAUUUUCAUGAAAACCACAAAAUUUGAUGUCUUCAAUAUUUCACGUUAAAUUUUUCUUGAGUGUAUAUCGAUAAACAAUUGCUAUUGACAAGAUUCUUUCUAAGUAUUUUGCUAAUAAAAAAUAUUACUCCAGGGUUUUA